CUCUUAUCAGAUUCAAUUUUUUUUUUCAAAAACGAAACUUUUUCGGAGAAUUUUUGAAAAUUUUAUGAAAUUUCUCGAAGUUUAUGGAUUCUACCCCCAGAAAUCAAAAUCGAUAGACACUCUGUACUAAUCAUUUACCAAUACGGCGCAAUGUUUCGCAAAACGUGGCUAAAUUUAUGUCGUUAUCGGUUCAAACCGAACACGCUCUCAAACCUUCCUCUUGAACAAAAUAUUGCCAGUAAUCCUUCAUCAUCAAUCGUUCUCAAUCGAUUAAUUGAAAGUUCACCAAGCCGAUGCUACUGCGUGAAAACAGAUGAUUUAGGUACACAUCCAGACCCAAACCAAUUGAUAUCCAGCCAAUACGAAAUCCAAGAAUGUCACGACAACUCGCCUUCCACAGCCGAUUCUACAAUCAAAUACACAACUUACAAAGAUCGCUGUGUUAGAAAAAUCACCGAAGCCUUCAAAUUCUCCGAUAUCGAAGCAUUACAUCUGUACGAAAAAUAUCCAUACUUGUUUCACGAAAAUAUUUGCGAUACUAUGAAAAGAAUAGAUAUCCUGAAAGAUGAUGGAAUUUCUGAACAGAGUAUUUUCAAGAGCAUCGAAAUUCUCGAACUAGACGAUGGAGAAAUUAAGCACAAACUUCACGAAUUGACUGCAUGUGGAUUCAACGAGGAACAUAAAAGUGACACAUUUGCUCUGCUGACACUAGAAGCGCGUUAUUUUCGAAAAGUAACCUGUAUAUUUAAAGCUGAACGAGAUAAAAUUCCCGAAGGAAACCGUUUGAUCCAUUUUUCCAAUAUUUUUCAAUGUUCUCUAGCAGAAACCGUUGAUCUAUCUUUGAAAUAUCGGUAUUUGUUGAACAGAAGUUUCAACGAUCUGACAACUCUGUUCAAACACUUAUUAGAUUAUGGAAUCAGUCGCCAGUCUAUUCGUAAUAAUUUAUGGUUUACUUCUCGUACGUUGAAAACUAUUAAAAAAUUGAUAAACGCGUCUCGCACUAAUUCAGAUCUGAGUAGCGAAAUAGACAGAAAGGAUCUAAUUUUUCUCCAGAAACUGAAAAAUAAAGAGAAACACGAGCAAAAAUUAUUGAAACCGGAUCAAACUAAGGAAGAAUAUUUAGCUGAAAAACUGCAAAUUGAUGUGAAAUUGUUGAAGUAUCUUAUGUCGCAGUAUUCGAGAACAUUUAACCAAGAUUUAAAACACCUUACGACAGUAAUCGAUUUUUUAUAUUCUCGUGGGUAUAGCAAUGUUCAAAUAUGCACGAACGUUACUAUUUUGAACAAAGAUAUCGAUCUCUUAAAGAAUCGUUUGGAAGAAUCUAAAAAAACCGGAUGGGAUAAACUUCCUUUAAGUAUACUCAAUAAUGUGGAAAAGAAAUUCAAAAAAUACUUGGAAAUUAGGUGAAACUUAAUCGAAUUUCGACCGAGGAUUGAAACCAAGAGAAUAAUUAUUUCUGUUCGGUGUUAUUUAUUAUUCAACGUGUGAUAUUGUAACAUAAAUUUUGUAUGUUUUUCAUCUGUUAUUAUUUAGAAAGAAAAAAAAACUAUUAUUAAUAUAUGUAUUUCUGAAUAACGUAA